GAUGGUCCUCUUUUGAGCGCACCCUAGGUUUAAGACGAGGUAGCUUACUCUCAAAUACAAAGAACAAAAAAAAGGGGUUAGACGAAGAAGUAGUUGCAGAGACUCCAAGACAGACACGGCGGUGGAGAAGCGAAGAAGAAGAAUCGCCUUUCAAUUCAAUUUGUAUAAUUAUAUGUAAAAGAAAAAAAAAAAAAUUAGAGAGAGAGAGAGAGAAUUGUAGAAUCGAGCGAGUGAUUGAUUGAUUGAUGCUGUAAUAUAAUAAUUAAUUACGCGCGAGGAUGGUUGGGGAUGUGAACGGAACGACGUCGUCGAUGGCGGAGGCGCAGUACGUAGGGGCGAAGACGUCGGUGUGGUGGGACAUAGAGAACUGCCAAGUGCCGAAGGGGUGCGACCCGCACGCGAUCGCGCAGAACAUAAGCUCGGCGCUCGUGAAGAUGAACUACUGCGGGCCCGUCUCCAUCUCCGCCUACGGCGACACCCACCGCAUCCCCGCCUCCAUCCAGCACGCGCUCUCUAGCACCGGCAUCGCCCUCAACCACGUCCCCGCCGGUGUGAAAGAUGCGAGUGACAAGAAGAUUUUAGUUGACAUGCUGUUCUGGGCAGUAGACAACCCUGCUCCCGCGAACUUUAUGCUGAUUUCUGGUGACAGGGAUUUCUCUAAUGCACUCCAUCAGCUGCGCAUGAGGAGGUAUAAUAUUCUUCUAGCACAGCCCCCAAAAGCGUCUGUGCCCCUUAUGGCUGCAGCAAAGACUCUAUGGCUUUGGACGAGCCUCUCUGCUGGAGGACCCCCACUUUCAAGUGGUGAGUCAUCACAGUUUGCUAACGGUUUCCAUACCACUAAUCAUGAAACAUCACAAUACCCAGUUUCUGAACCCAUUCAGUUAAGCCAACCCAUGACGGCCGGCAAUUCUGAAAACCUUUCUUUUGGAAAUCAAAGACCUCCUAGUGCUGGAAGGGUUGGUGGUGAUAACAAACACAAAGGGAAACUUACUCGAAAAUCCACAAAUGAGCCGAGCAUAUCAAGAGCUUCAAGCGUGCCAGUUUCUGUUCAAGAGAGUAAAAACAGUGAUUAUCCUUUCCAACCGGAUUAUACAGAAGCAAAGCAGUUUAAGAAAGCCCCACAUGAAUUCUUUGGCAGUAAUGAGCCUGAAGUCUCUGUAAGUCGGUCUACUCCCAAUUUCUUUCCUGGCAGUUCUGAUACUUCAGGGAGUAACAGUAAUUUUGUAGGAAAUCCACAAAAUCAAUAUCCUCUUCCUUUGAGGCCAAACAACCCCCAUAUGCAACCUUCUUUUGGACAGGGUAAUCUGUAUCAGUCUAACUCUCACAAUCAUGGUUUUCAGCCAAUUCCUCCUAGACCUGAUGGCCCUAGAUAUUUUCCAGCUCCCCACACCAAUGUGCCUGAUAUGGCUAGGCUAAAUAUCCAUGAAAACUUCAGCUAUGCCCCAACUCCUCCUAAUGUCCAUCACCAAUCUAGAGAAGAGUUUAGGCGGCCAAGCUCAACCGAACCUCCAUAUCCAGCUCGCUUAAAUGUACCACAAAAAGGCCAAAUCCUACACAAUGGCCAAACAUUUCACCAUGAUAAUAUGAACAGGUACCCUCGUGGUUCUGAAUAUCUGCCACCGGCAUCCUCCCCAAUGGUUGCUAACGCUGCUUCUAGUAAUGGUGUCUGGGGAUCUCAAGGACGUCCACCACCUUCUGAUUAUGUGCAAGGCCUUAUUGGUGUUAUCCUACUUGCCUUAAACACCCUGAAAAUUGAAAAAAUUAUGCCUACUGAAGCAAACAUAACUGAUUGCAUUCGUUAUGGAGAUCCAAAACACCGCAGUACUGAUGUAAGAAAGGCCUUGGAUAGUGCAAUUGAGCAAAAUAUGGUAGUGAAACAAAAUUUAGGUGCAAUGCAGUUUUAUGUUGGUAAAAAUGGGAAACUGUGGAAGUGUGUUAAUCCUAUGGGUGGUAAUGGGACACAGUACUCAAAAGCAACAUGGGAUGCCAUACAGAAGUUUCUUAGUUCUUCAGCUGGCAGAACGGCAAUGAUGUCUUCUAAGUGCAGAUAUGAAGCAGCCUUGACUCUAAAGAAAUCAUGCUUAGAAGAUCUUGCUUUGGGUGAUGUACUACAGAUCUUGAAUGUGAUAAUUUCCGUGAAGAAAUGGAUUAUUCAUAAUCACUCAGGGUGGCAACCGAUUACCAUUACUCUUGCUGCUGAUAAAGGUUCUGAAACUGGUGAUUGAUUAAAGUAAGAUCAGUUUUUUUACUAAAAAAGUGGCAAGUCUUAAGAUGGUUAUAGGUUCGAGUUUGUUGACACUUAAUUGGAUCUGUUGACUGGAGGAACAUCGGCCACGUUUGAAAGAACUACACUAUAAAAAAAAAAAAAAAUCCAUGUUAGAUGGAACUUUUAGAUUGUGGAUUAGGUAGUGUUAGGUUAUUUGUUUUUACCUUUUUAUCUGCUGGAAACUAGCUCUGGUAUCUACAGAAACCUACUUUUGGUAAGGUCACCUAUUAAACUAGUACAAUUCUCCCACAGCGCGGUGGCUAUAAGCUGCUCUCUGGACCAUAUUCAUAUAUUUUUAAACGUCUGCACUUGAACUGCUGGGCUGCUGUCAGAACAAGUCAACCAUUAGACGUUUGCUCCUUGCCAGAUUUUACUUAAUUGGAGUUAUUCCAUCAUAGUCCCUUUUUUAAAGGAAUUUUAAGAAAGGCUCAAGGGAAGAGUCAUAAGAUUUUGUUUAAGAACAUGAAGUCGUAAGCAAUUCAUACCCGUGGAUGUGUAACAUUUGUAGCUGGCCAGCAUGAUCAGGUUAUGAUGAUUUGUUUUGAUAUAAGGCCUUUGAAUAUAAGCUAUAUUGAAGAUGCAUCCAUAGUUGCCGAAGGUUUUGGAAGGAUCCGUGCCAUUUCAAGUGAAGUAGGGAGGAAUCAUUUCAUGGUCCAAAUUAGAUUCUACAGCAUUUAAGAGUGUACAUGUUGCAACAUCAUUUUAAAAUUUUAAAUGAUGUAACAACGUAGUUAACAUAUACACCAGUAGAUGCCGUGAAAUCUAAUCUAGACCAUGAAAUGGUUCCUCUUCAUUUCACUUUAAAUAGAGAAUUAUCCUGUUCCGAUGGUUUUCAGAUGGCCAUUAUGGCACUGUGGUGGGGUUUGGCGGUUUACUUAACAGAAUCAGAAUGGAGCAAAGCUGAAGAGAAAAAAGAUUGAAGCAACUCCUUAGACAUUAAAAAAGUAUACAAGGGCUGAUCACUUCAGAGUUUCUUCAUGGAUGAUGACUCAUUGUAUUGUUUAUGCAGACAAGUAUGCGCGAAUGUCUACUAUUUUUGGACCAUGGAUGGGGAAGGUACGUACGGCUGGAGCUUUGUGUCUUCAACUUUUGGUACCAUUUGUAUCAAUUAUCUUGCUGGUAGAAAACAAAAGGAUUGGAAGAGCACUGGUGCUAUCAAUUUGAAUAUGUAUCUCUAUUUUCAUUGCCCUUGUAUGGUUUUUUCAGCUCAACGUGUGGCAGCAGGUUGGUUUGGAAAUUGGUCCCAUGAUUGAAAUAUUUUGGGUAUGUUUCAAAUUUGAUCUUGUCACUGUUUAUUUUCUGUUCAGUUCCCUUUUUUUUUUCUUUUUUUUUUUUAGCUCAAAUUUGGGAGAGCGGAUUGGCUUGCUCUCGGACUGAAUAUAUUCUAUGGGGAAUUGUAACUCAAAUAUGGUAUUGGAGCCCUUAUUUAUUAGGAUAGGGGCAAUAUGAUAUGCGUUUGAGUUUGUA